AUGGGCAAGAAAGACUACAAAGGAACCAUCCUUGAUGGAAGAGACUCCUUUGACAGCUGGAAGAUGGAUCUUGAAGAUAACUUGUUGAGUGACGAUCUUAUGAGCUGCGUCACCGGUAAGGCAACAGCGGAAUCGUCAGAUUUAUCAACGCCAGGAGAGAAUGCUGCGGACAUUAAAAAUGUCUCUCUUGCGAGAAUGAAAAUACGACAGAGUAUUGACCAGAUCCACAAGAACUCAGUCAACCAUCUCACCGAUCCACGAGCAAUUUAUCAAUCCCUCGUUAAGCGAUAUGCGACAUCGAACAAAGCGCGCCUUCGACAGCUGAUCCGAAUGCUAUACGACGUUAGUACGCAGACGAAUAGAACUGUGCAGGAGAAGGUCGACGACCUAAAGCGACUUCGAGCUCAGAUUAAUAGCCAAGACAAGGACAUUGUUAUCCAUGAACAGCUAUUGAUUUGCUUCUUGCAAAUGAGCAUGGACGACGCUUUUAACACUACGGUCGAGAUCUUGAACGCCUCGACAGAGACGUUGACAAUGGAAAAGGUGCAGAGCUCUCUGGAAAGCAAAGAAUUGGAGCUCGUCGAUACGACAAUCAAGGGAGAAACCGCACAAUUCGCAGGUCGUGGCCGCAGUGCAUGGAACAAAGGGAACAACAGGUCCAAAGCACAGGAUGGUGGCGAUGAUAGCAAGGAGGAGUAUCUGAAGAAGGCAGGGGGGUGCUGGUCUUGUGGCGGUAUGCAUUAA